AGGAGAAGGAGAUGCAUACCGAUAAAAUUAAAAUUUUCUAGAAGCACUAGUAUAGAAGAAUUUCUGGCUAUUCUGUCGUCUAAAAACUGCCUUCAAGUUUGGGACCGUCGCGGUCCUCAUGCUUAAAUCUUUGAUUCAUGCUCAUCUUUGAUAGUUAUGUACGUAGUUAAGCCUUUCAGAAUAGUAGUCGUAAUUAUUCUCAAAAAAGAAGGAGCGCACCUCGUCGAUUUGGUUGAAAGUUCAAUGUUUUUGAUCAAUAUUCAUAUUGCUUGAUAGAGAAGAUGACGAGUCACGGAAGCUCUUCGCCACCUGAGCUGUAUUUCGCUUCGAAAGUACAAACCGUGCCAACGUUUCUGGUUACAGCAGCAAUUGCUUGCGUUUAUGGCUCCCGAAUUCAUCAGAUCUCUCCUCGUUUUUGCUGUGACUAAAAUCGAAGAUCUACAACUAUGACUAUCGAAUUCAUCAGAUCUCUCUUCGUUGUUGCUGUGAAUAUGUGGGUUAUACUAUAUUUUUCGUAUACCACCCGCCAUAACCCCCAUCGUAAAAUUUGUAAUUGUAAUUGUCGCUUUUACGCUCACAGUGAAGGGAUGAAGUAGUCUCGAACUGUAGUCCCCGUGACACCUCCUCGCCUUGAGAUGAAGGCAUGAAAUACUCGGGACAGAUCAAGAUAGAGAGGGAGAGAUCGAGAUGAAAUUUUCAUUUUCCGAUUUCAUCUUGAUCUAGCAACCGUAAAUGUGUAUGUGCAACCCUUUCAUUUCUUAUGGGCAGCGGCAACGCGGCUGUGCUGUUUUUCCCCAAGCAAUGCGCAGAACAACUCGCUGCGAGUGCAGCUCGUUACAGCUCUGGCGUCAGUAUCUGAAUGCAUCGAAUGGUGGCAACCGGUGAUUACAUAUUUAUGGCCAUUUUUGUAGGUACGAAUACUAUGUUCUUGUCUAAAGUUUCCAGUAUGUUGUACUAUCUUCUCGGACGCUGUAUUAAACCUAGAAUGUAUGUAUCUUCUCUGAAGGAAGUAGAAAAUUCGGACGCUGUAAUAUUAUAGUAAACCUAAAAUAUUAGUAUUACGGCUGCAUCAAUGGGGGCACAUUCGGUCACUCAUGAGCGAAUCACUCUUCGUUGUACUCUCAUCAAGCACAAACUGUUUGCAAUUGGUUUACAUCGUUCUUCGAGGAUACGGAUAGUACUUGUAGUAGUACUUUGUUCUUCUUGGCACUUAGUAAUACACUUUAUGAAUGUCAUGGAUGUUCAUCGAUCUCGGUUAAGAUUGUUCAUUUUUCGCGGUGCCCACGUUCUUGGUUUGGGCUGGGUCCGGAUCGCUUCCUGCGCUAUUCCAUACCUAUUGGCAAGGUUACGACGUAGACGGACGCUGGUAUAAACCUGAAAGUGCAGCAUCUUCAGCGCCGAGAACAACACUUCCAGAAGCUCAUCGAGGGUCCGAGUCGGACACGAGAACAAUGUUCAAAAAUGAGAACAAAGUUACUGCACAGUAUGAGCAUCAGCAUGGGGAAUCCUCUACGGAGCAAAUGAUCAGCGGUGGCGAUAAGGGAUGGAAAUUCCUUAUCUUGGUUUAAGAAACUCAUCUUUAUUCUCUCUGUACUUAUAUUAAUUACGUAAAUUGGAGAUGGACCAUAUCUCAGGAGCACUACAAGGUGCUGUCCGAGCUCCCGAUAAUGUUCUUGAAGCCAUUACAUAAAUGUAAUGAGUGAAUAUGUCUCCUUAAUACGUAAGAAGCCUAACAAGAAGUACUUCUCAAGAAAAGGUUCAUGGAGGAUCUCUCUAAAGAACUGCAUUUCUCCUUUUCGUGAGCAAACAAUUGCAGUCGUUUCUCGUCCGAUUACUUCAGGCGAUAGAAUUAUGGACAUUCAUCCUGCUUCUCUUGACAUAAUAUUCAAAAACGCAAAAUAACCGAGUUACUGAAUGAAACAAGGGAGGUAGCUAGCUUUGACAAGGCUACAACUCUUCCUUCUCAUCAGUAUCUCGGUUAUUCUGAUCAGUUACUUGCUUAUUUCAGUUUUUCGAAUACAUGCAAAUGCAAAAGCAAGAAGGUCAUGAAGCAACAUGCAUUGUAAACCCCCGACCGCGUACGUUCUCCCCUUUCCCCUCUCUCCUCCCUUCUGUUUAACUUACCCCACGAAAGGAAGGUAAACUACUACGUACCUUCUAUCAGGAUGAUCUUCUAACAUAGGAGGACUAUCUGAUAGAAGGGAUGCUCUUCUAACAUAGGAGCGAAUACAGGAGGAUAGUAGCACGAAAGCGUCCGCACAACUACAUGGCACAACUGACGAUCACGUGAAUGGUAAUAAUGAUGAUGCGUCUGCAGCAGCGUUGAAGAAACCAGGCGAACCUGGUACAAAAAAUGCUGAUGCCUCAAGAGCUCUUGACCUGGACGUGAGGUUCAUGAAGAGCUACACACGCUUGAUGUCUUCGGAGGCCUAUAGCAUUGGGCGCCGGCUUGCGAUAUUUCUCGUAAUGAUAUGGCUGACUGGGACUUUUCGAUCUUCUACUUUUGGAUGAUUCGACUUCUACUUUUGGAUGAUUCGACUUGUUGUACAACAUCUACUACAACAUCUUCUACUUCUACAAGUUAUUCUUUUUUAUCCUCAUAUCUGCUGCAUCAUCUUCAGCUUUUCUGCACGUUUUAAGGCUAACACUAAAAAGAGUCUUCUGACAACUGAUACUGCACUUGUUGAGUGCGAAUUUUGGCUUGUCCUGAUAAAAGCUCUUCUUCGAAUACACUGGCGCGAACCCGAUGCUUUUGUGAACAUCGCCUUCCCCAGUGUCCUGUUGGACAAUCUGUUGACUGGCUGGUUGCUCGAAUCUUACGUCUAUCCAUGCAUUCUUCCGGAUACAAGUACUAGUGGAGGUAUUUUCAUACAAAUUACUAGUGGUAGUUUUUUAAGGAUUUUCAUACAUAUUACUAGUGGUAAUUUUUUAAGGUGUCCAUCAAAAAGAUAUUAUUUCGCAUCACGAGUACCAUUUGAGCAGGAGAUCGAAUAGCAGCAGAAUAAUUUCCUUCCCCUUCCACUCAUUAUUUACGAACAUUUUUUGCAGAAGAUAAUUAAUUAGACUAGAUCGGUGUCAUGGUCUGUCUUGCCUAUGUCGUCGGUUUCGAAGUUGUGAUGCUUCCAAUUUUCCUCAUACUGUUACUUAUGAACAUUCUUUGCAUUACCAUUGAUUUGACUUUGAGCAACCCUAACCCUGUACUCUCCCUCGGAUCUUCAAAUCACUACUCGUCUAUAGAAGUUACCUGACCUACUUAUUCGAAAACUCAAAAUAAGCGAGCUACUGACUGAAAUAAGAGAGUCUUGACUACUUUCCUCUUCUUUCAGUAUCUCCCUUAUUUUCAAUAGUUGCUCGGUUAUUUCAGUUUUUCGAAUAAGUACUACAUUCACCUACUUAAGUACGCUUAAAUUAGGUACUUAGAAGUUACCUCACGACCUACUCAACAAGUACUACAUUAGGUGCCUCAAUCGCGCUUACGGACUUGCUGACGGAACUUCUGGAUUGGCUGUUGUUCUGCCCGCACCUAGUAAAAGUCCUCCAAUUCACUUGCUAUCUGUGGCUCCGGAAGGCGGAUGUGAUUUCUGGGAUUUUGUUAAGAAAACUGUUUUCCCGGAAACAUCACAUGUAUUUAUUAUAGGUAACACCAACACGUAAGUAACAGAUGGAUGCAGCUGGACAAUAGAUACACCAGAUGGAACACGUCAUAUGUAUUAUAGGUAACACCAACACACAUGUAUUAAGUAACACCAACACGUAGAUGAUGCAGCUGGACAAUAGAUACACCAGAUGGAACACGUAGAUGAUGCAGCUGGAGGAUUAUACACCACUUUAUCUUUAUGAGAAAGUAGGAAAGUAGCAUGAUCGUUGCUUCUGCUUAUAAGUCGUGCAUCGAUCUACUUUUUACUUUUAGAAUAGGUCUAACGUCCGCGCUUUCCUGGUCAUGGCAGCUGAUACGGAGUUUCUACGAUCUCACCUAUGACAAGCGGCUCUUCGGACGGUUUCGGGACUUUGUUUUGUGCUGAGGAAGUAGCGGCAUAGCAUCUGAAGACGAAGUUUGGAUGAUGUCUUCUUUGUGACUGAUGUGAAGACUCGUGGUCAUAGUCAUACUCACAUAGAGGAACUAACAACAUGACAAACAUCAAGUGAGGACAACUGUCAACAGUUACAGCAAGAAAAGAAUGACCCUCUUGAUGGGGCAUGCAGAAAGACCCGGUCUGCAGCGAAAAGUCAGA